AUGCAACCACGUUCUCAACGAUUGGCGGACGAUUAUAAAGAAGCCUUUGCAUCAUCCGUUUGUAGGAGUAACCACAACAAACACCCGAGCUCAUCCACCAUGCCCGUGUCAUUCACACGACAAUAUUUCAAAGAACAGCUGGACCUUCGGGAUGAAACAGAACGGAAUCAUGGCAUGUUUCAACACGUAAUACUUUUGCAAAAAGAAUUAGAAAAGAGGACCAAACGACCAUCCAUAGGCGAUCCCACUCUGGCUGGUAUGGACCACCCACAGUUGUCGGAUCUUUCAAAAAACUCUCAACUCGAGUGGUUAAAAUCACAAUUUCUGGAAGUCAUGAGAGAUAAAGCUCGAAUGAUGGAUCAAUUGACUGAACUCAACAAUAAUUUACAAGUUUCCGAAAGGAAAUUGGAAGUCAUGUCGAAAGAGAAACGAGAACUCGAAGAGAAAAACAAAAAUCUAAAAGAACAAGUAGAAAUUCAUAAAAGAGAAGCAGAUUUCUUUUUAAUUGAAAUUGAAAGAAGAGAUGCAGAAAUUAAAUCAAUGGAUAAUUAUCAGAAAAAGUAUUUGAAAGAAGUUGAUUCUAUUAAAUCAAAAGAUCAAAUUUUGAAUGGGCAGAUUAAGCAACUUCAAGCAUCAUUAAUUCACAUGUCAAAUUAUAUUCAAAAAUUAACCUUGGAAUAUAAGACUCAAAUGAUGCAUAUUUGUAAGGAGCUAGAGCAAGAACAACAAAAACGAUUUAAUUUGGAACAACAAUUAGCAAUGAAUAUGUCACUUCAAGAUACAAAUUCGUCAAUAGCGGCAGCUCAUAAUUACUCUGAGAUGUCCAAUUUAUUGCUGGAGAAGUCAACAAAUAAUAGUGAAAAGUACGAGCAUGUAUUGACCCAUAAAGGACAUGACACGCCCAUUCAUUGUGUUUGCUUUGGUUCAGACCCAAAUAUUUUAGCUUCUUCCGAUGAUAGCGGCUGUGUAAAUAUUUGGAAGUUUUCAGAAGAAAAUCCUGGGUUGUAUAACGUUGAAAGUUUGCAAGUCUCAACUCAUGCAAUUACAUCUGUUUGUUUUUCUGAUGAUUGCUCUAAAAUAAUAACAAGCUCAAAGGAUGGAAUUAUUCGAAUCAUUGGAGCACGAAAAUCAUCUGCUUUUUCAAGUCUGAAGGGACAUACCUCUCAAAUUACCUGUGCCAUAUUUGUAAAUAGUGACAAUCAAGUAUUUUCUGGCUCUAAAGAUAAGACCAUGAAACUAUGGGAUAUCUAUGAACAAAAGUGUAUCAAAACGUUUCUACCUGGAAGCUGUUGCAACUCAAUGCAAAAUAUUACAGAUAGUUUGGUGAUCUCUGGACAUUUUGACAAAACUCUCAAAUACCAUGAUUGGAGACAGCAACAAAAGGUUUGGGAGACACAAACCGAUCAUACUGAACCAAUUGUUUAUGUAUCAAUAUCUUACGACCGUAAUUUCGUUUUGACCAAUUCUCGUGAUAAUACUUUAAAAAUUUUUGACUUGAGAAUGAAUAGAGAGAUACCACCUCAUCAAACCUUAACAGAUCCUCAAUACUUUUGCAGCUCGGAAAAUCUAACAAGAGCGCACUUUAAACCAUUCUCAUCAACAAUUGUUGCAGUUCCCUCUUGUGUCAACUCAUUUACAGAAAACAGUGCGAAUGGUAUUUUUAUUUUUGAGCUCGGUAACACCUCCUCAGCUUAUCAAGUUCUUUUACACCAAAGCAGAGUGAAUGACCUUUCGUUUUCUCCGACUGGUUCUGCAAUAGUAGCGGCAAGUACUAGUGGAAAUUUAGAAGUUUACAAACAAAUAUCCAUGUAA